GCCCUCACGUCUCCACCUCGCCGUCGCCGCCGCCCGCCUCCCUCGCGCGCCGGCGCACCCCCCGAGCUCCCCCUCGCCUUGGGCUACGGUCCUCCCCUCCCCAACUCCGGGGUCUCGUCCUCUCGAUCUACUCUCGGCCCCGCCUAUCGAUCCCCGCUUUUGAUUCGCCUUUUCAAGCUCUUCGCGCCGGCGACGACGGGUACGCGCGAUUCGGCUGAAUUCCUCUCUCCGCAUUCCCGUUAGGACUUAGGAGAAGUAAUGUCAGGGGUGAUCACAAAGUUCGCUGUUGCGUCUAUGGUGAUGUGGAUGGUCCCAGUUGCAAUCGUGUAUGGGUUUUACUACCAGAUGUUUCCAGGUGUGAGUCAACUGUCAUCCUCAACACAAACUCUGGCAAGUGGAUUCCUUGCUGUUAUAUCUGUUAAUCUGGUAAUCGGGUUUUACAUAUGCAUGGCGAUGAAGGAGACUCCCCAGCAAGAGCCACAACCUGAUCCAACCUUCUUGGCUAAUGCUAAAGCAAGCAUUAAUCAACCAACUUCUUCUCAAUUGAAUGAUGAUUCCCAGGGAAAGGGAAAGGUGGAGUAGGUCAUAUCGCAGCAUGCACAUGUUUCACAUGUUAUCCAGAAACAUUUGUUUUAUGUCGUCAAUACCUAGCAUUUGAAUUCAAUAUUAUCUACUGUAAAUCUUGGGUACUAUGAAGCCAACAUGAGUUUUAUGUUUUGUACCGUUAUCAAGAUAUGGUGUUUGAUUUA